AUGUCCCGGCAGGACACGGCCAGCGAGACGUCCCAGGCGCAGGCCACGUCCCGGGCGUCCCCGCAGCAGCUGCACUUCCCCGUGGACCAGCUCGAGCGCAUGCUGCGGCAGAAACUGCGCAUCAAGCGCAUCAAAGGCGAAGCCUUGGUUUACCUGGCUGCCGUGACCCAGUACCUGACGGCCCAGAUCCUGGCCUGGGCCGGGAAGGCCGCGCGAGGCAGCCCGGACGGAGUCAUCGCCCUGCGGCACCUGCAGCUGGCCGCCCUGCAGAGCAAGGACCUCCGCAAACUGCUGCUGGGCAGCGAGACCGUCUUCCCUGGCGGGGUCCUGCCCGGCACCCGGGCCCUGCUGCUGCGCGCCAACCCGGCCGUGCUGCCGGAGCAGGGCUCCCAGCCCGCCACCGGGUCAGGACCGGGGGGCCGUGCCUCACAGGAGACGUAG